AUGGCGACCGACGCUACUGCCAUUUCGGCUACCACCCCUGGGGGUGCACCCCAAUGGUCGAGAAUCACCGGACAUGUUGACACAGUAGGCCAAUCAGGUCACGACAUUGACAAUUUCACUUCGCUCAUGAGGCUGAUGCUCGACGACUUCAUCCAUUCCUUCGACAGUCUGACUGACCCGAAAGUCAUCGUCGACCUGUGGACGAAACUCGCUCAGCUCAAACGCGGUUCCGGCCCAUUCUACUUGUCCGGGAGGAUCAGCUUAUACUGUAUCACGCAGGCGGAUGGCAGCUGUGUCUACACGCGACCGCAAGGACCGGUCGAGAUCGAAGUGCUCGGCUGGAACGACCCGUCCUGCGAGCUCGAAGGCAUGGCAUAUCAUCGUGCCGAGGUGGGAAUCGUGCCGAAUCUCUUCGUGUCUGUGCCGGUCAGGAUGGACAGGUCAGGGGCAAUAUUUAGGCUCCGAAUGGUGGCGGGCCUUGUGGGCAUACAGGUUUCGAACAGCGAUCUGGUACACUGCGGCCCGGGAUCAUACCAGGUCGGCUCAGACGGAUGGGUCAUACCCACGACUUCAUUGCCGCAGGGAAACCCCAAGUCAGAGAUUGACUCGGUUCAUCCGCUUUCGGUCAGAUGGAUGUUUGAGCUCAGAGAAGGGAUCGAGGAUGUGUCUGACCACAUCGAAGCCGCGCACUGCGGGAUAGAUACGGAUGAACUGGUACAGAAGCUUGAAGAGAUCUUCAGGGAUUCGUUGACGCUCAAUGAGUACACCGGCCUAGAAAUGCCAGCAUUGGCUUGA